CGGGCGAAUGAAAUUAGUGUGCUGAUUGCCCUGCGAGAGAGGGCAGCGCUGGGACGAGCCAGGAUCUUCCUCCAGGUGGUGCUGCGCUGCCCAGCCUGCGGCUGGUGGCCUCACCAUGUCAGUGAUGGUGAAUCUAAUCGGCCCGGCCCCCUGGGGCUUCCGUAUCACAGGAGGAAGGGACUUCAGGAAGCCCAUCAUUGUGUCCAAGGUGACAGAGCACGGGAAGGCAGCUGCAGGGGACCUCCGACCUGGUGACGUCAUCGUCUCCAUCAAUGGCAACAGCACGGCCGACAUGCUCAAUGUGGAGGCACAGAACAAGAUCAAGCAGAGCUCCGGCCGGCUCCAGCUUCAAGUGGACAGGUCCCAGUUGUUCUCUCCCGGCCAGACCAACGGUGAGAGCUCCCCAGAGAUGUUGGCCAUGCGGUUCCAGGAUGUCGUGCGAACCAGGGAUGACAGCCAGGGCUCGGUGAGGUCCUCCUACUCCAGCCCGGCAUCCAUCAGCCCUCGGCCCGGCAGCCCCUUCUCAUCCUCGUCACCCGGGUACCGGCCCGGCAGCCCCUAUAGCCCCCAGAGGCCCAGCCUGCCCUCCGAGGGCAGAGUGGAGACGGUGGUGAGCAGCCACAGCUUCCAGUCUCUGGCCGGUUCUCCCAGCGUCUUUGAGGAUCGCUCCCCCUCACCCCAUGGGCACCAGCGUCCAAGCAGCAGACAGGAGCGAGGCAGCUUCUGCUACCCAAGCAGCUCUCCGGUUGCAGCUCUGCCUCUGAUCAACCGCACACCAUCCCCUCUCAGCCCCUGGGAGAUGGGGAGGGCCCCGGGCAGGGCCUCGCCCUCGUACAGCCCCCACAACAGCCUGGACUCAGAGCCGGCCAUGCGGCGCUUGGAGGAGGACUCCGAAGUCUACAAAAUGAUGCAGGAGAACCGCGAGAUCCGGGCCGCUCCGCGGCAAUCCAACACCUUCCGCCUGCUCCAGGUGGCUCUGGAGACUGAUGGGGGAGCGGGCACCAUGACCCCCUUUCCCAGCAAGCUGUCCCCCAGCACCCACAAGCCAGUCACCAGCUCCGUGGCUGGGGUCCAGAAGCUGCACACAUGUGAGAAGUGCGGCACCGGCAUCACGACCCAGGCGGUGAGGAUCCAGGAGAGCCGCUACCGCCACCCCUCCUGCUACAUCUGUGCCGACUGUGGCCUCAACCUCAAGAUGCGGGGCCACUUCUGGGUGGGCGAGGAGCUGUACUGCGAGAAGCAUGCCCGCCAGCGCUACCAGGGCCCCAGGGAGGGCGCCGCUGCUGCCACGGCUAUCUCUUCCAAGUCCUGAGCUGCCCCCGAGAGCAUGGGGCCUGGGGCUUCCUGGCUCUGCCUGCCCCCCAUCCCCGGGGCUUCUGCCAAGCACAAACGCCACCUCCCAUGCUGGGAGUCUCACUGCUGUGUCCUGCUCUCGGCCUCCCUC